AUGGAAAUUCGUACUGAAAUGGUAAAUGUGUUAGAAGAAUCUGCUCCUUUAAAAACAAUGAUUUGCAAGUGGGCACUUGAGUUUCAACGUGGUCUCAAGUAUCGAAGACGAUCCCCGCAGUGGAUCCCCCCGCAGUGGAGCCCAAAAAGUGUUACAACACCGGAAAUCAUUCAACAAAUUUAUGACAUGGUAUUGGAUGACCGGCGAAUAAAAGUGCGUGAGAUUGUUGAGGCCAUGGGCACCUCAAAAGAACGUGUAGGUUAUAUUUUACACGAAGAAUUGCGUAUGAAAAAGCUUAGCGCAAGAUGCGUGCCGCAUCUGCUAAGAAUUGAUGAGAAACGGAAUCGAAUACAAUGGGAAAAAUCAACGAAUUAA